CAAACCGUGAAAAAAAACUACAGAGGAAGAAGAAAAAGAAAGAAUAAUUUUUUUCUGUGGUGGUCGCCGGUUUGUGGAGUGUACAAAGAAAAAGCUUCACUACGUGUGUUUCUAAAGGAUUUCAAAGUAUGUCAUUAAACUUAACCAUCAACACAAGCAAUCCGCCUCUAGGGGCACUUCUGGCAGCAGAGCAUUUGAAGGGCAGUGUGCAAGUGUCGGUAGAGGAAGGCAAAGACACCCAGCUUCACAUCUCAGAUGCGAUCCAGUUCACUGAUGGCAACUCUAUCAGUCGGUACUUGGCUCGGGUGGCUCCUGCUCUUGGCCUCUAUGGAGCCAACAUGAUGGAGCAGACUGAGAUUGAUCACUGGUUGGAGUUCAGUGCUCAGCGACUGUGUUGUCAGGCUGAUUUGAACUUGGCACUGAAUGAACUGGAUAAGGCUCUUUUCCUGGUUGGACAUGCCCUCACUCUAGCUGACCUGUCUAUCUGGGCUGCCCUCAAAGGUCAUGAGGAUUGGGCAAGCCAGGGAAAAUCCUUUGCCCAUGUCAGUCGCUGGUUCUCUUUCCUGAGCUCACAGGUUCCCUUCACUGCUGUGGGCAAUAAAUAUGCCAGUAAGAAAGCUCCAGUAAGCAAAUCUAAUUUGAAUGAGAAGAAGCAGGAUGUUGGAAAGUUUGUGGAAUUGCCAGAUGCUGAGAUGGGAAAGGUGGUGGUUCGAUUCCCUCCUGAGGCCAGUGGAUACCUGCAUAUUGGCCAUGCCAAGGCUGCUCUGCUCAACCAGUACUACCAGGUCACAUUUAAAGGCAAGCUCAUCAUGCGCUUCGAUGACACCAACCCUGAAAAGGAAAAGGAGGACUUUGAGAAGGUGAUCCUGGAAGAUGUUGCCAUGCUCCAGAUCCGUCCAGACCAGUUCACCUAUACAAGUGACCACUUUCCCACCAUAAUGCGAAUGGCUGAACAGCUGCUUGCUGAGGGCAAGGCAUACAUUGACAACACCCCUCCUGAGCAAAUGAAGCAGGAGAGGGAGCAGCGCAUUGAGUCCAAAUGCAGAAAUAACACGGUGGAGCAGAACAUGAAGAUGUGGAUGGAGAUGAAAGCUGGGACUGAGUAUGGUCAGACCUGCUGCAUGAGGGCCAAGAUUGACAUGAACUCUAACAACGGCUGCCUGAGAGACCCCACCCUCUACCGCUGCAAGAACACUCCCCACCCUCGUACUGGAAGCACCUACAAAGUUUACCCAACAUAUGAUUUUGCCUGCCCCAUUGUGGACAGCUUGGAGGGUGUGACCCAUGCUCUUCGGACUACUGAGUACCACGAUCGUGACCAGCAGUUCUACUGGAUUAUUGAUGCCCUGUGCAUUAGGAAGCCCUACAUCUGGGAGUAUGCCAGACUCAACCUCAACAACACUGUGUUGUCCAAGAGGAAGCUCACUUGGUUUGUUGAUCAGGGAUAUGUCGAUGGAUGGGAUGACCCUCGCUUCCCCACUGUCAGAGGAGUUCUGAGGAGAGGAAUGACUGUGGAGGGUCUGAAACAGUUCAUAGCAGCCCAGGGCGGAUCGCGGUCUGUGGUGAACAUGGAGUGGGACAAGAUCUGGGCCUUCAACAAGAAGGUUAUCGACCCAGUAGCUCCCAGAUACACAGCUCUGUCCUCCUCCUAUGUUGUUCCUGUUUCUGUCCCAGAGGCUGCAGAGGAGAUGAAGGAAGUGGCCAAACACCCUAAGAACGCAGAGGUGGGCAUGAAAGAGGUUUGGUAUGGACCUAGAGUUCUGAUUGAAGGAUCUGAUGCUGAGACCUUCUCAGAGGGUGAGGUGGUCACUUUCAUCAACUGGGGCAACCUCAUCAUCACCAAGAUCAACAAAGGGGCUGACUCUAAGGUUGUGUCCAUGGAGGCUCGUCUGAACCUGGACAACAAGGACUAUAAGAAGACAGCAAAGAUCACAUGGCUGGCCAACACAACCAGUGCCCCUCUGCUGCCCACCAUCUGCAUCACCUACCAGCCUCUCAUCUCCAAAGCCGUUAUGACCAAAGAUGAUGACUUCAAAGACUACAUUAAUAAAAACAGCAAGUUGGAGGAGAAGAUGCUUGGAGAUCCCUGUCUGAAGAACCUGAAGAAAGGUGACAUCAUCCAGCUCCAGAGACGAGGCUUCUACAUCUGUGACCAGCCCUAUGAGCCAGUCAGCCCUAACAGCUGUAAGGAGAGUCCCUGUGUUCUGUUCUAUAUUCCUGAUGGUCACACCAAGGAGAUGCCAACUUAUGGAACGAAGGAUAAGAGCAAGAUCCAGGUCUCCAGUGACACAGCUGCAGCCCCUACCGAAGCUGCCUCAACUUCUGCUCCAGCCUCAGCUAUUGGCCUGUUCUCUAGCAUUGUAGCUCAGGGUGAAGCUGUCCGCCAGCUAAAGACUGCCAAGGCCCCAAAAGAUGAAGUUGAUAAAGCAGUUCAGCAGCUGCUUUCUCUAAAGUCACAGUUUAAGGAACAGACAGGCAUGGACUACAAGCCCGGCAUGGCCCCUCCCACAUCUGCUCCAGCCCCACCCACAUCUUCAACAGACUCCGUCUCUUGCCCGUUCACCCGCGUUGUCCAGCAGGGCGAGCUGGUGAGGAAACUGAAGGCAGAGCAGGCACCUAAGGACCAGAUUGAAGUAGCAGUGAAGCAGCUCCUCACGCUCAAGGUGGAGUUUAAAAUGCUGACUGGUCUGGAGUACAAACCAGGGAUGGCCCCACCCAGCACCUCCUCUUCUGCUCAUUCUUCUGCCACAGUCUCCUCCUCUUCUUCCGGCCUGUAUGAGCACGUUGUACAGCAGGGGGAGGUCGUGAGGAAACUGAAGUCUGAAAAAGCCCCCAAGGACCAGGUUGAUGCAGCAGUGAAACAACUGCUUGCCCUGAAGGAAGAGUUCAAACAAGUCACCGGCCAGGAGUACAAGCCUGGAGCAGCCCCAGUCCAGAAAGCCCCCACCCCGGUCCAGACCAGCUCCAAUGCUGCCCCUGCUGCCACCAGGCUCUAUGUGAAGGUUGCUGAGCAGGGAGAAGUGGUCAGGAAACUGAAGGCUGAAAAUGCCCCCAAGGAUCAGGUAGAUGCUGCAGUGAAGCAGCUGUUGGCUCUAAAGGCAGAGUACAAACAGCAAACCGGACAGGAUUACAAACCCGGAGCACAAGCCCUAGCUAGCCCUGCCCAGACCCAGUCUAGCCCUUCCCCAAAAACGUCCAGCUCUUCCCCACAGGCACAGGAGCUGUUCUCACAGGUGGCCCAGCAGGGGGAGUUGGUGAGAAAGUUAAAGUCCGAGAAGGCCCCCAAGGACCAGCUGGAUGAAGCUGUGAAGACUCUGCUAGACCUGAAGAACAAGUACAAUACACUUACAGGAGAGGACUACAAACCAGUGACCACUACUGGAGCCACUGGAGCAGAGGACAAAAACCGAAAGGAGCGGGAGAACAAAUCUGAGAAACAGGGAGGAGGAGGAGCAGGAGGAGCAGGAGGAGGGAAGAAGGGUAAAGGAGACAAGGUUGGUCGGAGCAAGGAGUCCUCAGGAGGAGCAGGAGGCUCAGGAGAGGGUCAAGGACCCAAAAAACAAACACGUUUGGGCCUGGAGGCAAAGAAAGAGGAGAACCUGGCUGACUGGUACUCUCAAGUCAUCACUAAAUCAGAGAUGAUCGAGUACUAUGAUGUUAGUGGAUGCUAUGUGCUGCGGCCCUGGGCCUACUCCAUCUGGGAGGCCAUUAAAGACUUCUUUGACCGGGAAAUUAAGAAACUUGGUGUGGAGAACUGUUACUUCCCCAUGUUCGUCUCUCAGGCCGCCCUGGAGAAGGAGAAGUCUCACAUUGCAGACUUUGCUCCAGAGGUUGCCUGGGUAACGCGGUCAGGAAAGACUGAGCUGGCCGAGCCCGUUGCUGUGAGACCCACCAGUGAGACAGUGAUGUACCCGGCUUAUGCCAAGUGGGUCCAGUCCCACAGAGACCUGCCAAUCAAACUCAACCAGUGGUGUAAUGUUGUGAGGUGGGAGUUCAAACACCCCCAGCCCUUCCUGAGGACAAGAGAGUUCCUGUGGCAGGAGGGACAUACAGCUUUUGCCACCAAAGAGGAGGCAGCUGAGGAGGUGCUGCAGAUCCUGGAUCUGUACGCCAGGGUGUACGAAGAGCUGAUGGCGAUACCUGUAGUGAAGGGGAGGAAAACCGAGAAGGAGAAGUUUGCAGGAGGCGAUUACACCACUACUGUGGAGGCAUUCAUCUCCGCCAGCGGCCGAGCUAUUCAGGGUGCUACGUCCCACCAUCUUGGCCAGAACUUCUCCAGGAUGUUUGAGAUCAUGUUUGAGGAUCCGAAGAGGCCGGGAGAGAAGCAGCUGGCUUUCCAGAACUCCUGGGGUAUCACGACCAGAACCAUCGGUGUGCUCACCAUGGUCCAUGGAGACAACAUGGGACUCGUGCUGCCACCCAAGGUUGCCUGUCUGCAGGUUGUCAUCAUCCCAUGUGGAAUCACUGUCUCCCUGCCAGAGAAGGAGAAGGAGAUGCUGUUGGCCAAGUGCUCUAAAUACAUGAGCAGGCUGCAGGAUGCUGGCAUCAGGGUGAAGAGUGACCUCCGAGACAACUACUCCCCAGGGUGGAAGUUCAACCACUGGGAACUUAAGGGAGUUCCUAUUCGUCUGGAAGUAGGCCCUAAAGAUAUGCAGCAGUGUCAGUGUAUCGCGGUGAGGAGAGACUCUGGUGCAAAGGUGACAAUACCAGAGGCCGAGGUGGAGAAGGAGCUGGCUGCUAUAUUGGAGGACAUCCAGACCAGCCUGUUCAAGAAAGCUUCAGAUGACCUGAAGAGUCACAUGGUGACUGCAGACACAAUGGAACAGUUCCAGAAAGAGUUGGACCAGGGCAAGAUUGUGCAGAUCCCAUUCUGUGGAGGAGCUGAGUGUGAGGACUGGAUUAAGAAAACCACUGCCAAGGACCAGGACCUGGAGCCUGGAGCUCCAUCCAUGGGAGCUAAGAGUCUCUGUAUCCCCUUUUCUCCCCUGAGGACGCUGCAGCCUGGUCAGAUGUGUGUCAGUGGCAAGGAGCCAGCCCAGUACUACACCCUAUUUGGACGCAGCUACUGAAGACCUACUCUGCUGGAGCAUGAGGAUGAACAGUGUAGUCAAAAAGUGCUUUAAUACCUUCUCUCUAAUUCCAUUUCUUUGAUCUAUUGUGGGUGUCUAGGUUAAUCUACUGGACUGGGAUUUAGAAUGGGGAUUUUUUUUUUAAACAUUUAUUAACAUUGCUGUAACACAUCUGAAAGGAAGAGCAGCUGAAAGAAACUUCCACUGUGAAAGAAAGUGGUAGUAGUGCUGUUUCCCUCCUACAUGGCUAAUUACUCCAUAAAGGCAAUCUGAGAAGACCA